AUGGCGAGGAGAUCCGGUGUGUGUGAAGACAAACAUUUUCUAGUCAAAUAUCUGUGUGAUGACAAUUUCCAAGUGAGGAGCCGUGCGUACUUCAUAUGUGAUAGUGACAUUGUGAUUUCUGUUGGUGAAGAGUAUGACGUCCAGUGGGGUCUCCCUAAGGAAGUGGAUCGAGCCAUAGUUCUUGGUACCAGGUCUGAACAGGAGCUUCGAGUGAAGAUGAGAGAGAUGGAAAGUUUGACAGAGCCAUCAUCUCCGAGCCCUCCCCCAAGCCCGCUAUCGCCUUCUCCACCAGCAUCUCCAGCACCAAAACAAAGGAAAAUUCCAAAGACCCUUGAGAAAUCUGGAAAGCCUAUAGCAACCAUCAUUGCUGAUGGAUCCCCACCUGAUGUUUCCGUCACGGCGCAACCGACAAGCCAAAAGAAACUCCGACCACAUCGACGGGCACGCCAUCCAACUCCUGUGCGAUUCCGAGCCUACAGGGAAUCUACAGGGGAAGAGAGCAUGCACUCGGCCCUAAUGUGCAUGAUGAAGAAGAUGAAUGAUAUGCAACAGAUAAUAGACAUUUCAAAUAAAAAGGUUGAUGCUUCCAAUCGUCGAAGUGCGGCUUAUGAGGCCCCUCUGAAGACUCUCCUAGGGAACACUAACAUUCUGAUUGACAUUGGCAGAAACUCCGAGCGUGAAAGACCACAGGAAACACCGACUGUGACAAGUGAACCAACCAGUGAUGAUAAUCUACAUGUCAGUGAUAUUCCAGAGGAAUACAAAUUAGAAGACAGCGAACUCCGACAGAUCGUGAGAGAUUCCAGAAACGCUGGGAACUUUGCUGUCAUCCUAUCCAGGAGAUUGUGGCCAGAGCUCUUUGGAGAAGGGAAUCUGUGUUUCCAGUAUAACUGGUAUGGCGGUGGAAAACACAACAAAAGGGAAUUGGACCCCGUGAGGAAGACAGUUGUUCGAAAAUAUGUGUGUUUCUUUUAUCCUGAGGUUGCCAGUGAUGAUGCGUGGAAAGAGCAUAUUGUUUCUAGAGUUAACGAGUCACUUCGAAGGAACGACAAAAGAUGCAAGAAGGUCAAUGCUUUAAGUGACAUUUCCGUCUGUGACAUUUUCAUCCCUCCCCUGGAGCCCACGUGUGAGGAUGAUGUAUUUACUUUCACGGAAUAGACUUUGUGCUUACCUUGGGAUGAAUUACUGACAUUAUAUGAAACUUGUGUGAUUUGGCAUUGUUUCUUAUGCUAGUUGUGUUUACA